UUUUUCAUAAUUUUGAGUCUUAUGAAUCUGUUUUGUAUAUUGCCUACUUCUUGUUAUAUUAUUUUCACCUUUGACAUCCUACAUUUAAAGGUCACCCACAAUGGCAGGAGGACUCUUCUCCAUUAGUAGAGAGUACUUCACAGAGAUUGGAACUUAUGAUCCUGGGAUGGAUAUCUGGGGAGGAGAAAAUCUGGAACUAUCAUUUAGGGUUUGGAUGUGUGGUGGAACCUUGGAGAUUAUCCCAUGUUCCCAUGUUGGUCACAUCUUCAGAAAGAGAAGUCCUUACAAAUGGAGGACCGGCGUGAAUGUGGUGAAGAAAAACUCGAUCCGAUUGGCUGAAGUCUGGAUGGACGAUUACAAGAACUACUACUAUGAGAGAUUCAAUUAUGAUCUGGUAGGACAUGCCAUGAAAAUUAUUUAUUUUAACUUCUUUGAAUUUGUUAAUUUU